AUGUGCAGGAGUUGCAUGUACUCUGCGCUCUAUGCAGGAAUUAGGGUGUGGCUCUCCAUCCAAGAAUUUGGGUUUGUUAGUUAUUCUGGGAGAAAAAUGGUAUCUUUGUUUUCGAACUCAGCAAUGGUAAGAGGCAGAGAUGAAGUGUACGUAGCUGCAAUGCCUCUGAGGGCUACAAAGGGACCACCCCAGUUGCUUAUGUCUGCUGCUUACUCCCUCAAUUUCUGGGAUUUGCAGCAUUUCAUGGUCAUCAUCAAACCCUCUUCACCUUCUCAGGUUCUGGUUUUUGAUUUUCAGCCCAAAGAUCCUGAAGACAUAUAUGUGGCACUAGCAGCUUUGUAUGGUAGAGCAGUGCCAGGAACUGUUCUUGUGAGGAAGUUACAAAAGUUGCCGAGAAACAAAUGCUGGCUUGUUGGAUGUUCAACUAAGGAGGCAGUUGAAGUAGCGAGAGAAUUCAACAAAAUAUGGGAAACAAAUUUGAGAAUUGGCCUACAUGAUUGUCGCGAUUAUACCAACAGUUUGGUCAAGGAACUAACUGGCGAAAAAGAUGUGCUGAAGCGUUUGCGAAACCUCGGUGAUUAG